CGCGCCGCCACCAUCUCCAAAUUUGUGACAUUAUCAACGCGUUGUCUUCUCUUCUUCAAAUUUGUAGUAAUUGAGGAAAUUGCGAACAAUUUUUGGCGAAAUUCACUGCUCCGACAACUCUUCGCCGACGGUCACCACUCCGGCGACUUUUAACUCAUCGCCGAUCGUCUCAAUAUCUUCGUCCUCUUCUUUAUAUACAUGUAAAAUGGCUGAUAACACUUCAACACCGAAGUUGCCUAAAGAUGAAAAUGUCACUGCUUCAAAAGCUGCUAAACCGAGCUUGCGAACAGUAUCGUUCAAACAUAUUGCAAGGAAACCUACAAUACCUAUAAAGAAAGAACUACCCAAGUUGUUGACAAGGAUGUCCCCGAAUAGUAUUGCUCAACUGAACAAGACGAUUUCUGCUUCUCAACGAAGUGCAAUCGAGAAUGUAGGCUUUGGGGACCUUUUAUCUUUGAAAAUCUCCAAACUGCCACUACAUCUAGGUUUGUUUCUUGUGGAGAGUUUUGAUGCUAAUACGUGUUGUUUAAGAAUUCACGGAAAUGAAUUCUUCAUCACUGAGAAGGACGUGCACGAGGUGUUGGGGCUUCCUCUAGGUGUUGAAGAGAUCAACUUGGAUAAUGAUUGUAAGGACGUAGAAAUCUUGGAUUGUUGGAAGAAACAAUUCAAGAAGUUCAUGAAGGAGAAAGCAGCGAAAAAAGCAAAAAAAGUUAAGGCAGUUAAAGGUGAAAAUGUGAAGGUGAAGGAGACUUUCACUCAACUGAUUCCUGUUGGGGUUCUUACUGAUCAUUUGAAGUCAAGUAAAGCAUCUUCGGAUAUGUGGUUGAGGAAUUACGUAGUUCUUGUUACUUCGACUCUUAUUCAUGGAGGACAGAACCAAUUUGUUAACUGCUGGAUUCUGCGUUAUUUGAAGGAAAUGAGUCAAAUCAAAAAUUUGAAUUGGUGUAAUUUUGUGCUUCAAUGCUUGGUUAACAGUAAGAUGUACUGGGAAGAGGUAGAGGGAAGAUGGUUUGCUGGAUCUUUGGUAUUUCUUAUGCUGUUCUAUGUGGAUAAAGUUGCCUUAGAGGAAGUGCGUAUUGAAAGAUCACUGCCUAUAAUAAAAGGAUGGAAUUGUAAUAUGCUAUCCACACGAGAAAAACUUGAGAUCGAAUUGGGUAGGAUUGCAUUCCACGGGAUGAAUGAUGCAGUAGAUAAGGGUGAAACAUCUGGAACUCAAAAGCAACAAGAAGAGGUUAUUGAAAAUGAGAAUCCCGAACAAAAUGUACCGACUGAACAAGAAGUUCCUGAAUAUCAAUCAAAGGAAAACGCUUCUGCUUGUCCUGAAGAGAAUGAAGCCCCUCAAAUUGUAGAAAAUGUCAACCCUCCUGUUGAGAAGAACAAGUUUCAGUUGAAACAAGAUUGUAUUUUGGAGUUGGCUGUUGCUGCUAAUGAACUUGCAAUGGCAAUGGAGAAGUUUCAGCUAAAGGCGCAACAAGCAUAUUCUGAUUUCCCAGAUGAUCAAAGAAUUCAGUCCUUGAGAGAUUCAGCUUCAGUUGUGUGGGACAACUGUUCUUCUACAAACAACGUCAACCAAACAGAGAAUGUUGUUACUCCCAAUCCAAAUAUUGAAGGAAAUAAUAUUAAACCAGACAGGAGAUUUGAGAGGGGUUUGUAA